AUGGAGCAUCGUCCACUCCCCUGCCACUCUCCCGCCAUACGCCGUUACCUCAACGAACCAGCUUGUCUGUACGGUCGACUACGGGCGUCCAACGGUUCCGACAGAGAUCAAUUCUACGUCGACUCCCAUAAGUCUCAGAUACGCGCCGUCCAAGAAGAUGUCUCCCGUCGAGAACCAAGUCAAGCCAGUCAAGCCAGUCAAUUUCCCUUCCUCUGCGCAUUCCACUUCACCGGCUGUGAUCAGGAGUUCGCGAAUAAAAGAGACUGGAAGAACCAUGUGGUGUCCCAGCAUUUGAAGCUCGACCGCGUAUUUUGGGAGUGCACUGAAGGCGAUUGCGCACAUUCAAAGCAUCUUCUGGAUCAAUGCGAGUUUCCGCAGGUCAAUUACCCAUCCGACCAGAAUGGGUUUCAGUUAUCGCUGAAUGGCGCCGCUGGGUGCGAGCGUUUCGCGAAUAAACACGACUUUCGAAUGCAUCUUCUCGUUCACCAUCAAUCGGCCCAGUCGUACAAGAAUGAGAGCGAUAUAAUAUCCCUUCCCAAUACAGAUGUGCAAUGGCUCGUGGACCGUUCAGACUCGUCGAUACGCAUGGUAUGUGGGCUGCCUCAAGAUCUGGGCUGCCCCAUGCCCCAAUGUGCAUCAGUCCGAUUCACCGGUCCUGCAGCGUGGGAUCAGCGCCUCAACCAUGCUGCUGAACACUUUCUUGCCAACCCACAAUGUCUCGAUGUAUUUGGAGGCGAGAAUGAUGCAGAGCUUGUACAAUGGGCAUCCAGCGACAGGGUCGGCAUCUGUCAAAAGGUGCCAAACGCUUGUCUUCAAAAACACGAUUGCAAUAAGUCGGUGGCAGACAGUGGUUACAGCAGCAUGCCUGGUAUGCACCGACAACCAAACAUGUCACAGCACGGCGAUGCGUCCCCUGUGGUGCCCCGUAAGAUACCAGAGUGGACGAACGAUGCCAUGGUCCGUUACCGACCCCUGGAAGAAGAUAUGUACUCAGGUGCAACGACUCGCGGUAUUGGUGACUGGGUUCAAGAUCAUCAAUAUUCAACGCCUCUGAUGGACGAAGAGACAAUUUCCUCCGUGUAUCAAUCUUUUAAAGAAUUUUUCUCGCAAGACGAGUCCACAGGGAACCAUCAUACCCUGGACGCCUCCCAAGAUUUGGAUUCUGGUGAUGAGUCGGAUGGAACGCCCGAUGGCGGCUCAGAGAGUGUGGCCGUGGAGCAAUGGUUCCAUGGAUGGCUUAGACAAUGGCUAGCACCGUUGACCCAAGAGAGGCCAAACGGAAUUGGGGGUCGUCAAAGUACCACUUCUCAAAGCCAAAACUCGACUUCUACCUCCAGCUCCAGCUCAAGUACACAGAGGAAGAAAGGUGCAUCUCAACCUCGCCGUGUUCCGAAGCGUAAGCGCGCCAACGACGAUGAUGACGAGGGCAAUGAGGAGAGGCCCAAAUCCCAACGGACUGAUGGAGGUCCCGAGGUACGAAUGCUUUCCUGUCCGUACUUCAAGCGCAAUCCCCGCAAAUAUGGUCAACCCAAGUGGAAGAGCUGUGCAUAUCCUGGCUACGAUUCCAUGCAUCGAUUAAAAGAACAUAUUCAGCGUAGAUAUGCAUUACCUGAGUACCAGUGUCGGCGUUGUCACGUGGAUCUGGAGACGUCGGAAGCCCUGGAAACGCACUCACAGCAAUUGCAGGCGUGCACUCCCUGCAUCGGUGCGCAAGACGGACUAAGUCAAGAUCAAUUAAAAAGGAUGAAGAGUAAGAAAGGAACGGGGAAGAAUAAGAGCAAUGGAGACAGGUGGAAUGACCUCUACUCGAUCAUCUUUCCUUACGAUCAGCAGACGCCCGGUCCUUAUCUCGACGACACUGGCCAAGAUGAGAGUGCUAGGGAGUUCAAUCUCUGUCAUGAGUUCGGCCGUUUUUUAGAGAGGGAGUUGCCCCCGCUUGUGGGGAGACGUUUGAGCGCAGUCGGAUGUCCCUUACCUGAGACCAUAAAAGACGAUAUUGAGCAAUAUGUGAAAGGACUGGUUCCUCAGUUGCAAGGCUCGUUUUUGGAGGAGAUGGGUUUUUUGGCGAGUGGGCAAUUGGAUGUCGCAUCGACGACAAAUGACGGGGACAGCUUCGUGGAGUCUACGACGACAAGACGCACUUCUGAAGACUCAGCGACGACGGUUCAACAGGAUAGCGCCUCCGGAUAUCCGACCACAACGUUGCCAAAAGGAAGCACCUCUCGAGAGUCAAUGUCCAUGUUUCCGACAAGCCACGACUCUAAAGAAUUGGCGAGGAUGCCUCAAUUUGGAUACGACACCGCAGGCUCGACGAUGUUUCGGGAUGGGAGUUUCUCCGCGCAGGGCAUGAUGUUGCCAGCAUCUCAUAUGAUGCCGCCUUACUUUCCGCCGACAAAUCAGGAUUGGCAGACAGUUUAUUCGCUGCUUGGCUAUAACCCAUUUGGAGUUUAA